UGUUUCAAAAAUAAAACUAUUUGUUUUUUAAUAAAAUGGCGCUGGUGUCGCAAUUAUUUUCCACAAAUUUAUUUUCGCAUUUAACGGAAGUUCUCGCGGUAUCCGUUGUGUUCUUGUCGAUAGUUUGGCUCUGGCUACAACAUCACUACAGUUAUUGGAAACGUCAAAAUGUGCCUUACAUCAAGCCAUUACCAUUAUUUGGAAACUUUAAGAAUGUGAUUACUUGGGAUGUUGACAUCUGUGCACAUUUCCAGAACUUGUACAAUCAUAAAAAUGCUAUCGAUCAACCCGUUGUGGGGUUAUUCAUGUUUAAUAAACCUUGCCUGCUAGUGCGUGAUUUAGAAAUCGUAAAAUCAGUGCUUAUCAAGGAUUUUAAUAAAUUUUCAAAUAGAUUUGCCGCAUCGGAUCCCCACUCAGACUCUUUAGGGGCCAAUAAUUUAUUUUUUGCCAAAAAUCCUAAAUGGAAAGAGAUACGUGUAAAAUUAACACCAGUGUUCACAAGUGGCAAAAUGAAACAAAUGUUUCCACUCGUUGAAGAGGUCGGACGUGAACUUGAUAAAUAUCUUUCCUCUCUACCUAUCGAUCCAGAAACAAAUGCCAUUAUGAAAGAAGUAAAAGACUUGAAUACUCUCUUUACGACAGAUGUCAUAGCUACGGUUGCAUAUGGAAUACGCGCAAAUAGUAUGAUUAAUCCUGAUGGUGAUUUUCGUACAAAUGGUAAAAGAAUAUUUGAAUUUACCAGACGCCGUGCUUUUGAAUUUACUGCAAUGUUUUUCAUGCCUAGCAUAGUGAAACUGUUUGGUUUUAAGGUAUUUUCGAAGGACACUACAAACUUCUUACGUGAAACUAUUAAUUAUGUUAUAUCGGAACGUAUAAAAUCGGGUACCACUCGGAAUGAUCUUAUUGACAUACUUGUGAACUUCCGUAAGGAAGCAGAAGCUAGCAAAGAUAAGAAUCAUUUCAUUUUGGAAGGUGAUUGUUUAGUGGCACAAGCUGCUAUUUUCUUUUCUGCUGGUUUCGAAACUUCAUCAUCUGCAAUGUCCUUCAGUUUGUAUGAAUUGGCGCGCCAUCCAAAGCUACAAGAACGCUUACGAGAGGAAAUACGUGAAGCGUUUCAAAGUAACAAUGGCGUAAUAACCUAUGACAUAAUAAAAGAUAUGAAAUUUUUACAUAAUGUCGUACAAGAAGUGUUACGUUUUUACCCACCUUUACCAUUCCUUGAUCGUACAUGUACGCUAAAAGAAGGUGAAGAAGGAUUUUCUCUUAAUCCAUAUUGUGAUUUUGCUGUACCCAAUGGUAUGCCUGUCUACAUACCAAUACAUUCGUUACAUAUGGAUCCCAAAUAUUUCCCAAAUCCAAAGAAAUUUGAUCCCGACCGAUUUGCUCCAGAAAACAAACAUUUAGUUAAUCUAAACGCGUACCUGCCCUUCGGUACAGGACCACACAAUUGCAUUGGUGAACGAUUCGGGUUAUUGCAAGCUAAGAUUGGUCUUAUAUAUUUCUUGAAAAACCAUCGUGUAACACCGUGUGAGAAAUCGUUUUCAGAAAUGAAACUCAAUCCUCGUGCACUGAUCAUACAAUCUGAUGGUGGAAUUUAUUGCAAUUUAGUGCGAGAUCCUUUACUUUAGAAAAUUUAAAUUUUCUGCUUAAGUUUAAUUUUUGUAGUUUUUUGUAAAUAUGUUAAUAAAACCUGGUUUUUUACCUUACUAUGUAAUCUUAUA